AUGAAGGUAAGUGUGGAGAUCAUAACAGGGACAUUUAUAGAUACGGAGGUGAAUGAGAAUGCGACGGUGAGGGAAUUAAAGGAGAAGAUUGCAACGGAGGUGCAAUUAUCCGUGAGUCGUUUAAUACUAGUGGUUGGACAUGAAGAGGAGAGAAGAAUGGUGACGGAGGAUGAAGAUGAAAAGAAGUUGAAAGAUUUAGGAGUGAGAGAAGAUUCUCAUAUGUAUUUGUUCUUUAAGCAUCCUGACUUGGUUUACAAGGAAGAGAAGCCUCAAGGAAAAGAAGAUGAUGCUUCUAUGAAAGAGAUAGCAGAGAGUAAAAGGGGGAACGGAGAAGAAGAUGAAGAGGCAAAGGAGAAAACACACGGUGAAAAGGAAGAUACAGCGAUGAAGAAUGGUGAAGAAGAUAGAGAAAAAGAGAAGAAGAAUGUAGAAGAAACAAAGGACAAUGAAGAUGGAAAAGAGAAAGCAAGUGAAGGUGAAAAAGGAGAGAAUGAAAUGGAUAUGGUUUCUUGA